CCAAGUUUGUGGAUGAAAGAAGAAACAUCAAAAUGCGAUUUGGACAGAAUUUCUUUUUGUUUUUCCUAAUUCUUUUUGUUUCACUCCUUGGGUUAAUUUAUAUCAGCUAUAUAUCGACCUGGUUCAGUCGGCCAGACGUUGCCACAGCAACCCAGUGGUUAGCACCAAUCGUAUGGGAGGAUACAUUUGAUUUGACGGUGACUGACAACAUCUACAAAUCAAAGAACAUCACCAUAGCAACCACUGUCUUUGCUCUGGGGAAGUAUGUAUGUUUCCUAAAGGACCUGCUGAAGUCAGCGGAGCAGCACUACUUUGUGGGCUACAGAGUCCAUUAUUACCUGUUUACGGAUCUUCCAGAUGAGGUUCCCGUGGUAACCCUGGGGGAGGGGCGUCAGUUGAGUGUGAUAAAAACAGCAAGCUCGAACCGCUGGCAGGAAAUCUCACUCGGUAGAAUGGAGAUUAUUGAGAAGCUAAUUGAGGAGAAACUCACAGACAAAGCAGACUACAUUUUUUGCCUUGAUGUUGACUCCAAAUUCUAUGCUCACUGGGGGGCGGAGACACUGGGCGACCUUGUAGGUGUGCUGCAUGCCUGGUUUUUCGGAAAAUCUCGGGAAGAGUUCACGUACGAGAGGCGCCCUGAAUCUCAGGCCUACAUACCUUUAGAAGAAGGAGACUACUACUAUGGUGGGGCUGUGAUCGGAGGGCGCCUCAAAAAUGUGCACAAGCUGGUAAAGACGUGUCGCAUGAAGUUGGAUGAGGAUCGAGCCAAUCAGAUCGAAGCAGUAUGGCAGGAAGAGUCUCACCUGAACAAGUACUUUCUGUACAACAAGCCCACCAAAUUGCUCUCACCUGAAUACCUGUGGGAUGACAAAAAAGAGAAACUCAGCUACAUAAAAGUGGUGCGUUUUUCACAAGUGGUCAAGGACUAUGUAGCGAUCCGACCCAACCCUUAAUCCACAUUGUGGCUCAGCUUAUUUGCCCCCUUUUGAACUGUAAUUGGUUUCUAUGAAAAGAUCAAUGAAUAAAGGUCUUUAAUUUGUUUAUCAAUGUCCUCCAAAUUUCAGCAUUAGACCCCUCUACUACCUCAGGACCUUCU